AAAGUGUCUGGACUGGAAGGGGGGGAAAAGUGUCCGGACUGGAAGGGGGGGAAAGUGUCCGGACUGGAAGGGGGGAAAGUGUUUGGACUGGAAGGGGGGGGGAAAGUGUCCGGACUGGAAGGGGGGAAAGUUUCCGGACUGGAAGGGGGGGAAAGUGUCCGGAUGGAAGGGGUGGGAAGUGUCCGGACUGGAAGGGGGGGAAAGUGUCCGGACUGGAAGAGGGGAAAGUGUCCGGACUGGAAGGGGGGGGAAAGUGUUCGGACUGGAAGGGGGGAAAGUGUCCGGACUGGAAGGGAGGAAAGUGUCCGGAAUGGAAGGGGUGGGAAGUGUCCGGACUGGAAAGGGGGGGGGAAAGUGUCCGGGACUGGAAGGGUGGGAAAGUGUUCGGACUGGAAGGGGGUGAAAGUGUCCGAAACUGGAAGAGGGGGGAAAGUGUCCGGACUGGAAGGGGGGGGGGGGGGAAGUGUCCGGACUGGAAGGGGGGGAAAGUGUCCGGACUGGAAGGGGGGGAAAAGUGUCCGGACUGGAAGGGGGGAAAGUGUCACGGACUGGAAGGGGCGAAAGUGUCGGGACUGGAAGGGGGGGGGAAAGUGUCCGGAC